AUGGCUUCCAAAUUCUUCCCCGCCGUCCCGCGGACUGGCCGCCAGCUCUUCCAGCAGAUCCCCAAGACCCAAUUCAGACCCUUCUCGGCUGGUCCGCAACGCUUCAGCGACUCCCUUGCCGUGCACCGCAACAAAGGCGAUAACAACCCGAAUGUUCCGUUCAAGUUCACCGAGCAAAACCUCAAGCUCAUCGAUGAGAUCCUCAAGCGCUAUCCCCCCCAGUACAAGAAGGCCGCUGUCAUGCCGGUCCUGGACGUUGGUCAGCGCCAGCACGGCUACACCAGCAUCAGCGUCAUGAACGAGGUCGCCCGUCUCCUGGAGAUGCCCCCCAUGCGUGUCUACGAAGUCGCAACCUUCUAUACCAUGUACAACCGUGAGCCGGUUGGCAAGUACUUUGUUCAGCUUUGCACGACGACACCCUGCCAGCUCGGUGGUUGCGGUAGCGACAAGAUCGUCCAGGCGAUCACGGAACACCUGGGUAUCACCCCCGGACACACUACCGAAGACGGCCUCUUCACCUUCGUCGAGGUCGAAUGCCUGGGUGCCUGCGUCAACGCUCCCAUGGUCCAGAUCAACGACGACUACUACGAGGACCUUACCCCCGAAUCGAUGAAGUCGCUCCUCACCGCUCUCAAGGAGUCCGCCACGGCCACCGAGGCUGGUCAGACGGUCAAGGUGCCCGCUCCGGGUCCUCUGAGCGGCAGAGACACAUGCGAGAACAGCGCGGGAUUGACCAACCUGAUCGAGCCCGUGUGGGACCCGGCUACGAUGAUGAGAAAGGACGGGGCUUUGGACGAGCAAACACAAUAA